AUGGACGACGACGCGGUGCUACCGUCGUCACCACCGCACGCGAUCGCGACCAACCCCCCAAGUCCGCCUUUUUUCGAACCUCGACGGUACGGCGCGAUUUGGCCUAAGUCGAGUUCACCGCCCCCGCUCUUUUCCAGCGACGAUUCUGGCGAAACACCCGACAUCACAAACUACGAGUCUCCACGCAUCUUCAAAAACAAGCGCAAAGGUGCUUGGUAUGAGACAGACAAUGGCGAUUCGACUCGAAACACACCAGAACCCAAGAAGACGAAAAUUUCGCGUAAUUAUGAUUCGGGCAUCUGCAUGAUGAGCGACAACAGCGAUGGCUCCGUAGAUCCCCUACCAGAGCACAAGUCGCCAUUUUCGUUUGCUGCUGAGGCUGUCGAUGAGGACGAGCCAGAGCCGAUGAGCAUGACUGAGGCUGCCUUCUACUCUACUUUGAGAGCAGGCUUGGAUGGAGAUUGUCAGAAUUACGACUUCCAAGGAUUGGAUCUCGAUGACACCGACAUAAAGCAGAUAGGUGAUUUGAAUAGCGUGAUCAAGAAUGUUCCAGACCCUGGUAACGACCUGCCCGCAGAAGGCCAAUACCGUUCCAUGGUACCAGAGCUGUACAUCAAUCUAAGUCAGAACUCUCUGAUACGCAUGACACCAUCGCUCUUCAACCUGCAACAUCUCACCACAUUGGUGCUAAGAAACAAUCAGAUUAGCGAACUGCCCUCGCACAUUAGUCAACUACGCAAUCUCCAGGAGCUCGACGUGUCCUUGAACAAACUCGAAUAUCUACCGUUUGAGCUCCUCCGGGUUCUGGCGCCUCAUGGAAAGCUGGCACAUCUCACCACCCUUGGGAAUCCCCUAAUCGAAAAAGUAUCACAAGAUCGGUAUCGAAAACUUGAAGAGCGUCACACAUUCACAUCUUCUACUCUAGACGAUUACCCACCGUUACAUUCAUGUCCCGAUCGCGAAGCGCUUGUCUGGCAUAUACGUUAUAUUGAGUCGAUGGAAACUUUUCUCGAUGCUGCCAAGUUGAAGCACACAACAGGUCUGGAUAGCCCAGAUGAGCGCAUCUUUGCGCAUCAUCCUGCAGGUCCUAUCGCAGCAGAUUGGCCUACACCUCGAUACAUCGCAAGGUCUCUUGUCUCGUAUUUCGAUCAGGCCGGUCAGCUUGUCAAAGGAUCACCCGCGCCAUCUUCAUCGAGCACAAGCAACCUCCCCGUCAUUGUCGAGACAUCUAAGGGCGCAUUUGGCGUCCCGUCAACUCCUAUCUUCGCGCCGCUCGCACCAUCUCGGAUAUCAUCCCUACUCACCAAGUCUAUUGACACUGCACUCGCGAACAUCAGCGUCGAAGACACAAGGGAACGGUUAGGUGAUCCUGUGCCUUUCGUUGCGGCCGCAAUCUUUGCGCGAGCAUUGCACAACGAUGGGGAUGUAGGCUUUGGCUACUUCCGUCAGUGCCAUGUGUGCAAAAGUAACUACAUCGUGGCGAGAGCAGAGUGGAUCGAGUUCUGGAACACAAGCCACAUGGUCGUCUACCCGUUCAAGGUGCAGGUCUGCUCCUGGGGCUGCGUGCCGUCUGAGAUGACGAGAAGGCCGAAUAAAGAGUUGACGUGGUAA